ACACGAAAGGUGUAUAAACAGCUUCAGAAUGCUCGUGAUACACUGAGGCCAAUUAGUUCAUUAUACUAGGAAUAUAUGAGACACAUGCUUGUGCAUGUAUCAAUUGGUAAUUAGUAUGAAUCGAGAAUGUGGCUUGAAUUUGGGACUACUGAUGGCGACGGCAUUUUUGUUAGGUUUGACAAAAUGUCAAACAUGUAAGAAUACCAUAUGCAAGAGAGGAGAUCUAGAAAGGCUAACUAAUGAGAUAUCUGGGAAAAUUUCUAGCAUGGAAAAUGAAUUUGGUAAAAUUACCGCUGUCAUAUCUGAAAUGAGGGACGAAGUAAGUGAACUCUCAGGUAAAAUCUCCAUGAUGCAAUCAGAAAUGACAAAGCAACACCUCCAGGAAAAUAAAUCGAUGGUUGAUAAAUGUGCUUCAAACCAAAGCAAAGGGAAAGAGGAUGCCUUGAAGCCACAUAUUGUCCUCAUAAUUGCUGAUGCACUCGGCUACAAUGACAUUGGCUUCAGGAAUUCUAAAUUUCUGACUCCUAUUCUGGAUGAACUUUCAAAGGAGGGCAUUCGACUGGAUAAUUAUUACGUAGAUGCAAUGCCAACAGCAUUUAGAGCCAGUCUAAUGACGGGGCGAUAUCAGCCAAACACUGGCGCGAUGUCAAUCAUCCCUGUGGCGACGGAACACUGUAUCCCCCAUAGGGACCUCAACCUUCCCGAAAGAUUACAAAAUGCCGGAUACUCAACGUACUUCAUUGGAAAAUGGCAUAUGGGGUAUUCAAAGCCAUCGUGUUUGCCAAGAAGUCGAGGAUUUGAUUAUUUCUAUGGGAGCUAUACCGGAGAAUGGAAAGAUCACUUUAACCACAUUCUGGAAGGGUGCGUACGAAAAGGGAAUGCAACUACGAUUGGGAAAGCAUACUGCCUUUAUAGAGGUAGAAAGAUUAGGGAUUGUGCGGGCAGAUGCUGGUCGAAAGAUUUUCACUACAGUGGAAUCGAUCUGAAUGAAAACGAGGCACCAGUGCUCGACUCAUAUGGUGAAUUCGGAGCAGACUUAUUGACAAAAAAGGCAACUGAGACGAUCGAAAACCACAAUCAUGAGCGUCGCAUGUUUAUGACAAUUGCCUACGACACAAAGUCUCCGGAUGCCACAGGGGAAUAUCGCAAUAAAAUAACACAAAUACCCGAUGGUAAACUAGGAGUUGAAAAUAUUCCAAGGAAAAAUGUGGCAGCAAUGGUUAAUGCGAUUGAUACAGGAGUAGGCAAGAUCAUCCAAAAGCUCAAGGAGACAGGAAUGUGGGAAGACACUGUCCUCUUAUUUACAAAUGAUAGAGGAGGACAUACAAAGAGUAACAACAACUGGCCAUUACGUGGCUCGGCGUUUAAUUUCUUCGAAGGUGGCAUUCGGGGAAUAGGAAUUGUGGCUGGUCCCGUCACAAAGAAAGCAAAGAUGUAUAAUAAUUCCAAUUCACAAUUAUAUCACGUGGCUGACUGGUAUAAAACAUUCCUGGAUCUCGCAGGGGCAAAUGUAGGCGACUCAGGGGCAGACUCACACGACAUUUGGUCAUCCAUUAGCUUAGACACUACAAGCCCAAGAGAUGAGAUCCUACACAGUAUGAAUCCAGUUAUGCCGAAACUUGGAGAACCUCUCUACAGAGAUACAUUUGACAGCUCUAUACAUAGUGUGUUAAGAAUGGGCGAUUAUAAACUGUUCACUGGAAGGACUUUUUCGAUUGGAGGAUUCACCGGAUGGAUGGCUCCAGUAGAAUAUCCCGAACUUGAGACUAUAGAGCCAGACCUCAAUGAUACAAGCAAUGUCCAUCUGUAUAACAUCAAGAGCGACCCACUUGAGAAGAAUGAUUUAAGUACUAAACUAAUUUCAAAGGUGAAAGAGAUGCUAGAUAGGCUUGCUGAACUCCAGGAAGACACCAAGGCUGAACCUUAUCCUUGUCCUGACCCUAGAGGGCGUCCUGUGUUGGUUAGAAAAGGGGCCACUCCUGACGAAGAUGUUUACGCGUGGAAACCCUGGUUAUGAAUCUUUCUCUGCAAACUUUAUAUUAUAUUAACAUAACAAUCAAGAUAAAAAUCAAUAUAAUUUCAAUGAUUUGUGUAUUACAUGAAUUCAAGAGAUGGUGUGUGUUUCAUAUUUUGUUAAAUUUGACUAACAUAAUUGAGUAAGGCCAAAGAACAUUUGUGCAUAUUCACAAUUCAAAG